GGUGAUGACCAGUCACGGUCAGAGUGUGGAGUUAGUCUCAGAACAUGAAGACAAGACAGCCCAACUUUCCAUCAGUCCAAUGGGCCAGCCACAUGGGGAGAGCUGUGCUGCUCUCUCUCCUCCUGUCUGAUCCUCUCCACGUGGCAUCAGACUCAGAUGAGGAGGUGCAGGGGCCAUCAGAGUGGCAAACAUGGAAGAGGAGCAACGGUGUGUCCUACGACGAGAAGCGGGAUGACAUUGAGAGGAUGGCCAUAUGGGAGAACAACAUGAGAGUGAUUGAUGAGAAUAAUAACAGUUUUCUCAGAGGGACAAAGAUGUUCACCAUGGCCAUGAAUAAAUAUGGGGACCUGACAAGGCACGAAUACAAGCGUUUGCAAGGUGCCAUGAUAAAUAGCAAAAUAAAGAGAGGAGGGACGAAUGCAUCCGCUCGAAAGCUCCGUGCCAGUGCUCAGAAGUUAGGGUCUGUUACCGUUGACUACAGAUCCACGGGCUAUGUCACUGAAGUCAAAGACCAGGGCUAUUGUGGCUCCUGCUGGGCCUUUAGCACUACGGGGGCCAUCGAGGGACAGAUAUUCAAGAGGACAGGUCAGCUGGUGUCUUUGAGUGAGCAGAACCUUGUGGACUGCUCCAAGCCCUAUGGCACCUAUGGCUGCAGUGGUGCCUGGAUGGCUAAUGCCUAUGAAUAUGUGGUUCAGAAUGGGCUUCAGUCCACAGACACCUACCCCUACACAUCAGUGGACACCCAACCCUGUUUCUACGACAGCAGUCAGUCGGUUGCCAGCAUCACUGGUUACAUGUUCAUACCCACUGGAGAUGAGCAGGCCCUGGCUGACGCUGUGGCAACCAUUGGUCCAAUCACUAUCGCUGUGGAUGCAGAUCACCCAAGCUUCAUGUUCUACAGUUCAGGAAUAUAUGAGGAGCCAAGCUGUAACCCCAACAACCUCAGUCAUGCGGUGCUGCUGGUUGGCUAUGGCUCUGAAGGGGGGCAAGACUAUUGGAUAAUCAAAAACAGCUGGGGUACUGCAUGGGGAGAGAGUGGCUACAUGCGAAUGAUCCGGAAUGGCAGCAACACUUGUGGCAUCGCAAGCUACGCUCUGUAUCCUAUUUUAUGAACCAUAUAAGUGAUAAAGUGUCAGAGACAGAACACAUCAUCUUGGUGUUGGAUAGGUUGUCAGAGGUUAAUAUUGAUUUGGUUUAUUUGUGGGGGUGAUGGUGCCAAGUAUUCUGUCUUCUAUACUGUAUUACUCUGAGCAAUGCUAUGGCCGUAUUGCACUGUGAAAGAGAAUAAAGUUAAAUUGAAUUGA